CCUGACACGCUGCUUUGGGGGACUUGCCGCCUCUGCCAAGACAUCUGGAGGUGAGGAGCGGAAGGUCAAUAGGUGAGCCGCCAUUCAGCAUGCCUUCAGCGAGAAGCGCCGAGCGGUCGAAGCCUUUCAAGCAGCGGAAAAGCUUCGCCGCACGGAAGCACGAGGUGGCCGGAAUCCGGGCGAAAUUUCCCACCAAGAUCCCAGUAAUCCUUGAAAGAUAUCAAAAAGAAAAGCACCUACCGUCACUAGACAAGACGAAAUUUCUGGUCCCAGAAGAACUGACAUUAAGCCAGUUCAUUACCGUCAUAAGAAACCGGCUGCAUCUUGUACCAAGACAAGCGUUUUAUCUGCUGAUUAACAAUGGCGGGAUGUCUAGCAUGUCCCUCACCAUGGUGGAGAUCUACAAGGACCACAAGGAUGAGGAUGGGUUCCUCUACAUGACGUAUGCUUCUCAGGAGAUGUUUGGCUGUCCCGGGGCACCUUGCCCACGGGGGGCGGUUACACGAUGACCGGACUACCGCCGAUGAAUGGUGCCUUCCUUUUAAAGCAUGCCUGUACGUUUGGCAGGUCCAAGAGAUGGCGUAUUUGCAUGUUAUACAACGACGAAUUUUACGGUGUAAGCUAUCACAUUUUAAAAAUGUAAAAAUACAGAGGAAUAAAUUUGUAACUUUUUAA